AUGAGAUUAACACGUCAGGCAAGACACCAUAACUCUUCUCCUCCGACUACUUCUCCCGCCGACGACGCGUUUCCGACCCUCCAGCUAUUCAUCCUAGAGCCGAUCGCGUUGACCUCCAUCUUCCCAUAUUCAUGGGUAAUGGUUAAGGAUUUCAACAUUGGAGACAAGAGCAAUGCGUCCUUUUACGCCGGCAUCAUCAUCGCUGCUUUUGCCUUGUCGGAGAGCCUGACUGGAAUGUUCUGGGGAAGCCUGUCGGACAAAGUUGGUCGCAAGCCUGUUCUUCUUCUAGGAUGUGCUGGUACUGUCUUGUCUCUUAUGGUAGUCGGGUUUUCCCGGAGCUUCUGGAUGGCUCUCCUCGGCAGAGUUAUCGGAGGCCUCCUGAAUGGGAAUGUCGGUGUUAUCCAGACAAUGGUAGGAGAGGUGGUCAAGAACCCAGACCAUGAACCACGAGCAUACGCUGUUAUGCCAUUUGUCUGGUCCAUUGGGACAAUCAUUGGCCCAGCGAUUGGAGGCACGUUUGCGCAACCCUAUAAAUCCUUCCCUUCGCUCUUCUCUCCAUCAGGCUUAUUUGGUUCUUUCCCUUACCUACUCCCUAACAUAAUAUGUUCGCUGCUACUCUUUAUCAGUAUCUUUGCGGGGUACUUUUUCCUGGAUGAGACGCAUCCCGACUUCCAACCCCAGCAUACUCGAGCCGAAGGUGCGGAACAAUCCGCUAACGAGGACGAUAACGAUACUAUCGGUGCUCCCCUUUAUGCCGUUGCCACGGCUGGAUCUACCGCUCAUGCCGGUGCAGACUUGACCGCCAAGUCAUAUGGCACCUUCAACGAAGUUGACAUGCACGAGGAUGAGGAAUGGUAUGUCAGACCAGAUGGGAAACGUCUUCCAGCUCCAGAUUCGGGUAAAGUCUUCACAAAGCGUGUGACUAUGCUUAUCAUCGCUCUGGGCAUCUUCACCUACCAUUCCAUGACCUAUGACCACCUCCUCCCAAUUUUUCUUCAGGAUUCGCGAGAUGGUAUUAUCAACCACAUUCCAUCCUCGCCCCUGGACAUCCCAGGAGGAUUAGCUCUAUCCACACAAACCGUUGGAUUGAUCAUGGCCGUAAACGGAGUCAUUGCCCUGGCAAUUCAGGCCUUCGUCUUCCCCAUUGUCACUGAAUGGCUAGGCGUAUGGAGCGUCUUUGUUCUUGUUACGAUCCUCCAUCCCCUGGCAUACUUUAUUGUACCCUUCUUGGUCUUCCUACCAGCCAGCCUCUUAUACCCUGGCAUCUACACAUGUCUUACAAUCCGAAACCUUUUCUCCAUCCUAGCCUACCCCGUUCUGCUCAUUUUGAUCAAACAAGCCAGUCCGUCGUACAAUACCCUCGGGAAAAUCAACGGCCUUGCAGCCUCUGCUGGAGCGGCAUGCCGAACACUUGCCCCGCCAGUCGCCGGAUAUCUUUAUACUGUCGGGACCCGAAUCGGAUUUACCGGAAUUGCCUGGUGGGCUAGCAGCCUGGUAGCUAUAUUUGGAGCUCUACAGCUUUGGUUUAUGAGUGGUAAACCGCACACAAGUGUUUCCAUACUGGCCCGUCCCCCGUGUUUCUCUAGACAUGUGGAAUCUCAUCCUCCUAUCAUCCACAUCCAUGUGGAAGAGGAAGAACAACAGAGACCACAUGAACGCCAACCAUUGGUAUAA